AUGUUCUUCAGCACCGCCUUUCAGUCGCUGCGCCACUCGGCAGCGCGGUCGCGGGCAUACGGUCAAGCGUCGAGACUUGCUUCGAGCUCGAGACCAGGCCAUAGCGAAAGCACACACGGCUCAGCAUCGCGCCAGUGGCAUGCUCCUCACGGAAGCCUUGUCUCUGGCGAAGCUGGGCCCUCGCGCUGCUUCUGCUCAUCGCACCGACCCGCAAAGGCGUCAGAGCUGCCCCUGGAGGACCUCCGAUACGAGAGCUCUCUCGACCCCUACCACCAUGACCAGCCCCAGACCUCUGCCGACUUCUGGCAUCCCAGCGACGCUUCAAGACCGCGACCGCAGUCGAGAAGACAAGCCAGCAAAGAUCAUACUCUACAACCAUCACCGUCAAUACGAGCAUUGUACGAGCAUCGCAACCGACCCCUGCUCAUCGAAACCUCGCCCCCCGACUUCUUCACUUCAUCCAAACCACAAAAUGCACGCCUUGAUCCCGCUCAAGCCGAAUCACCACCAAUUGUCAAUCAGCAUCCAGCUCGACCAGCUUUGCCUCCCACCUACAUCAAAUCGCUGCAACCGCAUCAAAGGGAAGCUAUCGAGAGUCGCAUUCGUCUGCUCGUACAGUCUGGCGAGCGGUCUAUGUCAGCUUUGUGCGCCGAGUUCGGCAAGGUCAACUCCUCAGAGAGGGAGCAGAUCUGCUGCCACGUCUUGUCACAAUGCGUCAAAGAGUCUCGAGAUGCUCGACUCGUAUGGGACAUCUACCGCUCUUGGAAGCCGACAAAGCUCGUGGACAACUCCGACUCUGGACCAUCACGAUCCACGAUCCGUCGCAUGCAGGAAGGAACGCUUUACAAAUGUGUCACACACCUUCAGACUGCGGGUCUGACACGGCAAGCAGCGACCGUAAUCGGCGACGGUCGUCUGAGGCCUUCACAAUCUCGGUAUCUCUUGGAACGUCUAAUCUUCGAUAUCAAGCUGCCCUCGACACCGACAACAGUACAGCCAUUCUCCGACGCUAUCGAAGGUUCAUCGCCUUCAUCGACCUCAGUCGACAUCGUACAACCAUCGUCGACUUCCUCUCCGGUGUCUGACGUCCGACUCACAGUCCGUGCGAUGGGCGACGCCAUGAUCAGCCUGACCGCAGACGGUGUUUCGUUCAAGCGCAAGGUGGUCAAUCGCAUGUUCAAGCUGCUGUGCUUGACGAAAGCGGGCAAUCGUAUCGUCCGCCUCUUGCGGACGGCUCAAAGGCGCGCACAGAUCGAUCUGUCGAGCUCAGAUGCGAGCAAUGGACUACGGACGGCGGGAGGCUUCUCUCGCCUCCGCGCGCAAGAGAUCAAGCCACCGCAAGUGGUCUCGACCAAAGUCAUGGAGGAUUCGCUGUCUCUGCUUUGUGCACAAGACUUGGCUGGCGCAAGAACUGCCUUCGAGCUGCUCAGUGUUCUGGAUGCGUCGCAGCGCACGUCAGCGAUGUACGACACUCUGAUGGGCAUGUUCGCCAACGCUCCCUCCCAACCGGCGCCGCUGUCAAUCCUCGACUCGAAUGAGCCCAGCCUCGGCUUCAGAUCGACCGACGAGCAGCUCUGGCACGACAUCUGCACGAUCCCUCAUCUCGGCGGACCGACGCUACGCACCAUGUCGGCGCGCAUCAUCUGCCACGCCCGCAACCGCCGGCUCGACCUGAUCCAGUCCGACCUCGACUUUGUACGCACCACACGACUCGGCACGAUCCACGACCUCACCGAGACCGCCCGCCUCAGCAUCGUCCGCUGCUGCAUCGAACGAGGUUCGCUGCUCACGGGCUUCCGGUACACCUCGAUCCUGCUUAGCGCGGUUAUGGAGGAUAAGCGAGCGCAGAGUAGGAUCGUCACGACGCUUCUCAAGGCCGCGCAGAGCAUUCGUAUCCCACCCUCUGUUGCCCCCGUUGCCUCCGUUGCCUCUGGCAUCGGAGCGAGCUCCAUCCCCUCCCGCGCCCAGCUCCUCAAACGCUUCUGGCGCCAUUUUUCCUCCCUCCACCGCAAGUUCCCGCACCUCCAGGUAGGGAUGCAGGAGCUCAAACUGGUCAUCCAGCUGCUGGAUCGUCAGCAGGGGUGGAUCGAAACACGAACGCUGUGGAGCAUGCUCCGUGUGGUUGGGCGGCACUUUGACGAGCGGGAUGCACGGUUGGUACGGGUGCUCGAAGCUUUUGUGCGGGUGUUUGAGGCUCGAGCCGAACAGGCGAGCGCAGACGAACUGAAAAAGCUCAUCGCCACCCUUCAGACCAUACAGACGAAGAUGUAG